UGCGAGCUUCUCACCACCUUGGUGCUUCUCCCUGGUUUUUUCAGGGCCCCUCUUCCUCUACUUCUUAUCCUUUGUUUCGAUUUCCCUAUUCCCUUCUUGGAUCUUGGCGCAGAGUAGAGAUCGGGGCGCAGGCAGUGAAGGGACCUGGUGCAGAGCAAGGCUGGUGCAGGGCGUGUGCGCGGGGCGCGAGUGUGGGGGUGGGCAACGGCACAAGUUUGGGGCGCGGCAAGGGCAGGGGUGUGAUGCAGCAGGCGGCUCGUCUAGGUGCAGCAGGCGGCUCGUUUUGUGGGUGGACCCUGUGUUUUCCAGAUCUAGAAGAGCUUUGGUUCCUGCACAUGCUGAGCAUCAUAUUCCCUUUUGAAACAAUGCAAUCCACUAUUGCGAUGCCUCUGUUUUGCUUAGAUCUAGGAUAUCCGAGUGGUAGGCAUUGGAGGCUGAUUGGGUUUUUCGGUCGUAAGCCAAAGGAAAAGGAUGAAGUUGGUAAAGUCGCUAUGGGGAAGAAUGCUGCUUCAGUCUUAAAAGGGGCUCUAGUUCCCUUAUUGAAAUUUGGCAACAAGGGCUUGCAAAGGAUUGGAAUAGUUAAGGCAUGGUUGGGAGCCCGGGGCAACAAGAGAGGUGCCUGGGUUGAUCAUGGCCCUCCUAUUUGAUUGAAACUGUUUUAGGGACGACAUAUAGUGGGUUGGGGACUGCUGAUGUCGAAUUUUCCCUGCUCUCCCCGCGAAGUUGGCUAAAUAGGUGAAGACGUCCAGUAGUUUCCGACACUCAUAGCGACCUCCUUUUCUACUUUUGUAGCCCUAUUUUGCCCAUACAGCGAUUGUAGUUACAAUCUUUAGUUGCAGAUGGCCCUCCCCGCUUAAUUGUCUAGAUAUGUCAUGGGCAUAGUUUAAAUCUGUUACUAUGCUGUAGGUUAUGCUUCUGUCCUUAACAUGGCUAUAAUGCUUUGCUAGAGAUUUCAUCUGUAAUCUCUUUAUAUUUAAUAUAAUUCUCUAUUUUUU